CGGACUGCUCGCCCCGGCGUGGGAGGGACCCAGCAGGCGGAGGUGACGGGCGGCUGGUUCUGAUGUCGGCUCCUUUCGAGGAGCGGAGCGGGGUGGUGCCCUGCGGGACGCCUUGGGGCCGCUGGUAUCAGACCCUGGAAGAGGUGUUCAUCGAGGUGCAGGUGCCGCCGGGCACCGUGGCUAAGGACGUGCGCUGCAGCUUGCAGAGCCGGCACAUCGCGCUGUCCGUGCGGGGCCAGGACGUGCUGCAGGGUAAACUUUUUGACUCUACAGUAACUGAUGAAGGAACGUGGACAUUAGAAGACAGGAAGCUGAUACGAAUUGUUCUAAUGAAAACAAAUCGAGAUGCUGGAAAUUGUUGGACAUCUCUGUUAGAAAAUGAGUAUGCUGCUGAUCCUUGGGUACAGGACCAGAUGCAAAGGAAACUUACACUGGAGCGAUUCCAAAGAGAGAACCCUGGAUUUGACUUCAGUGGGGCAGAAAUAUCUGGAAAUUACAGCAAAGGAGGACCAGACUUUUCUAGUCUUGAAAAGUAAACUUAUAUCUGUGUUCCUGGAGAGGAAUUAAACUUUACACUUAAAGGACUGGAAUCUUGUAACUGGUGAAGACUUCAACCAUGUUUUCAGUGGAUCGUAGUAAAGUAAGUACUUCAGUGAAGAGAAAGAAGAGCUCUUCCAGUAGAAUAAAUACCAAGUGGAACCAGCUGAAUUAUAUGCUGCCAUAACUUUCUAAUAGUAAGGGGCAAAAUACAGAGAAAAGUGUACACAAAAAAAUAACAUCUUUAAGCAGAAUAUUAGUUUGGGUUUUUUGAAACACCAUAGUUAACUAGUCAGUUACAAGUAUACCAUUUAACUAUUGCAUUUUGUACUUUGCAUGUGCCAAUUCCAUAUCAGGAAUUUUCUGCUUAAGGAUGCAGCUGAGAAGCGUUUCAACCACAGCAUUAUUCAGGAUGAAGGCUGUAUCAAACAGACCAAUAAGGGAAGAAAACAAUUGCUAAAUCUUGUUGUAUUCUGACUACUGAAACUGCUGCCUGUACUUAAGUCUUAGGUAGAAGUCUCACUGGAGGUAAAUUGCCAGCAGCUGUCUAUCAUACUCCUGAGCCUUAUUUCUAAAAUUGCAUCAUUAUUGCAGCUGGUGUACAACCAAAAGAAAUAGUCGAAGAACACUUUCAUUGUAAUUAUAUCCACUACUUGCUUGUUUGAACAAGCAAGAAUACUCCUGAAAUCAUCAAGUAUGCUCCUUCUACCUGUCACCUUUACAGAAUGUAAAUGGAUUUUGGAGAACUUGCUUUAUUCUAUAAAAGGAAGCAAUGUGGCAUCCAAUGCUGACUUAUGGCUUCUAGUACUGAAGGUGGAUGGUACAGUUAACAAAUGAGACUGCUGCAAAAGUAACUGAAGACAGAAACCAGUUAAUGUUGUGUCAAAAUGCCAAAGCACUAUCCACAGAAGUACUACCUUUUGUUAAAGCAGAUGGUUUGCAUGGGAGGGUUUUUUAUGUGUUUUGCAUAUAGAAGAAGUUUAGAAUGGUAUCUGACACUUCAGUGCAUGAGCUUUUAUUUUCUUCAUACACUUCCAAAGCUAAACUUUACUCCUGUAUCUCCUCUCUUUAUGAAGCAUAACGAAAGUCAUCUUACAGCUUAGUCUAAGGCUGACAUCACAGACAACAACUGAACUACGGAUUCAAGCAUCAUGGCUCUGACUUGUUUUAAAAGGAAAGGUUUGAACUACUUGGUUAGCUACUUCUAUCAUCUGCUUUAAGCUACAGACCUCCAAUUUUUGAAAAAUCUAAAUGAAAAUACUGAUAUUGAGGCUAUGACUUCAGUAGUAUCUACUCUGUUCUCAGUCUAUAAUAAAGGGUGGUUUGUGUACCAUCUCACAA